AUGGCGAAAAAAACAAAACUACCUACAGAACUCAUAUGUCUAAGUGACGACGACGAUGAUGAAGAUAAUAAUAACCAUGUGAAUAGCAAAUCUCGUACGACUCCUCUUAAACAAAAAGAAAGCGUAACGAUUGUUAAUAAUUCUUCCAAUGAUGCAUUGAAUUGGGCUAUUCAUGAGAAAGAUAUUAUUUAUGUUUCUCCAUUACCAAUGAAAUAUUCAGACGUUUAUAAAAAACCAUUUGAAAUCCGUUGUUCAAGUGUUUAUUUCGGUCUCGUUCAGUUCAAUGUUGAGUCUGAAGUUAUCAUGAUGAAAGAAACAGAAUUCGAAAUGAAAUUAACGGGUGGUUUCAUGGAUAAUUUGAAUAUCAAAUUAGCAUACACGGAUGUGAUCAAGUUUUAUUUUUCCUUCGAAUCUCGUAUUCCAGUUGCCUUUAUUCAUGUUCGCAAUGAAUUCGCCAUACUCUUCGAUCAAAAAAUUCCGACAUCAGAUGAACACGGACGAGGAUUUAAUCCGGCCUCUAAAGAUGAAAAACGACGCCAUAUCAUUUUUUGUCUAAAACCAUUAACAUCCGAUUUGCAGAGAAUUCAUUUACCUACAAUUUAUCAUUUUCUCAAGACAAAAUCUCCAAAAACGGACAUCUACUGCAUCAGUGGUACACGAGCUGACGAAUUGUAUAACCUCACGCGCUUCUCAAAAGCCUCAGCACCAACGCCGAAGAAAACACCAUUUGUACUCAAUACAAACGAUUUGACUGCCAAAACAGUUGGAUUAAACAAUAAUACUAUUCGAUUUGAUCUUUCAUCUGAUGAUUUGCAUUGUUUGAAUGAGGGUGAAUUUCUCAAUGACAAUAUUAUCGACUUUUAUCUACAGUAUAUCUAUUAUGAAAAGUUAUCGGACGAAGAUCGUCAACGCACUUACUUAUUCAAUUCAUUCUUUUAUAAACGAUUGACACAGAAAGACAAACGUGACAAUCCAGACAUCUCAGUAGCUGAACAACGGUAUAAUCGUGUAAAACGAUGGCUUCGUGAUGUUGAUUUAUUCGCUAAAAGUUAUAUUAUCGUACCAAUCAAUCAAAACGCACAUUGGUAUAUUGUUCUUAUCCAAAAUCUCAACAACGUUCCGACUGAAGGUGAUCUAAUCAGUGACGAUGAAGACGACAGUCAUGAGGAUCUAUCCAAGUCGAAGAAACGACGACGUUCAUCCAGAAUAAUUCACCAUACUGGUAGUACCAAUGGACUUCGAAGUUCGUCACCCGCGAGUAAACAAUACUUAACUGACGAGUUCGAAGAUGCCGAUGAAGUCGCAUCGGACAAUGAUGUUCCCUUACAGCUCAAUAUUGAAUCACUCGUCGGUCCGAAAAACAAUUCCCUCUCUCCUGCAAUCAUCAUCUUCGAUUCAUUACGCACGGACUCGAAAACUCGUGUCGCACCGACAUUACGUGAAUUUCUUCAGCUUGAAUAUGAUCAUAAGAAAACUCUACCUAGUGGAUCAUUAGCUCGUAAAUUAUUCAAUGUGGACACAAUACCAACGAUUGAAGCUGGUGUACCUCAACAACGCAACUAUUCCGAUUGUGGUUUGUACGUCUUACAAUAUAUCGAAAGUUUUUUUACGCAUCUCUCUUCGACGGUAAAUGUUCAAUCGACAACGUUCACAAAUUGGUGUGAAAAGAAUCUUAAAGGUUCGAUGAAACGUAAAGAAAUUUUGAAUGUUAUUAAUCAACAUGUGAUUACCAAAGAUGAAUAG